AUGACGCUCCGGGUGAACGACGGCCAACAGGUUAAUGCUGGGGCCGCUUUGGUUGACGGCCCGCUGGAUCUGAGGGAAUUGCUGGACGUCCGCGGCCUGGAAGGGCUGCAACACUACCUGGUUGACGAAGUACAGGAGGUGUACCGUUCGCAGGGGGUGGGAAUUCAUGACAAGCACAUUGAGGUCAUCCUGCGGCAAAUGUUGCGUAGGGUGCAGGUAGAAACCUCCGGCGAUACCGAAUUCAUCCCCGGUGACGUGGUGGACAAGUUCCGGUUCGAGGAUCAGAACCAGCGUGUACUGGCCGAGAGCGGGGAGCCUUCCACCGCGAGGACCCUGUUGCUGGGAGUAUCCAAGGCAGCGCUGACCACCGACAGCUUCCUGUCGAAGGCAUCGUUCCAGGAAACAACCAAGGUGCUGACCAUGGCCGCGGUGGCGAGUGAUCGCGACUGGCUCAGGGGUCUGAAAGAAAACGUGAUUAUCGGCAGGCUGAUUCCGGCACGGCUGGAUUCGCUGCUGGAGUCGGAGCGACAUCUCCUCCGGCAGGAAUCUCUGGAAGAUUUCGAUGUGGAGUUGAUGGCUCCGUCCUGGCUGUCGGGGCAACCCCUUGCAAUCGAUGGAUUGGACGCACCGGAAGGCGCGCUGGAUCUGGAGAUCGACAGCGAGGUAAUCUCGGGCCAGCCAUCGGGUCCGGUGGCCGACGGAGGGGGCCUGGGAGACUCCGGUUAUCAGAUUCGCACCGCCGAAGAAGAGGAAGAUCUGCUUCGCCGGGCACAGUCGUUGACCGAUGGAGAAUUGGAGGGCGACCGGGAUCUGCAGGCGACCGCCCGUAUCUUCUCUCCGUUUGAUGACGAGGAGGACGAUAUCCCAGCGCUGUAA